CAAAACCUCGGCUCUAUAAAACAAAAGCAAAAACAAAAACAAAUAAACCCCAGGCCCAGAGUCCAGCUUCGGUGGCUUGUACCUAACGCUAUGGAUGUUGUCCUUUGUUCUUCGUUUUUAUUUUUUCCGCUUUCUUGAGAUAGAAUUAAUUUUGCUUUGAAUGCUGCAGUGAGGCUGAUCAUUGCCGUCGUCAACUCAACCUUGCCGUUCCAAGAUUUCUAGGGUCUAAAGCGACAAUCAGUUUCAGGUUAUCGGUGCAAAUGACGGCGGUGUUUAGUUCUGUUUGGUUCAGGUGAAGUUAGAGCGGCAUUUUAGAGAGAGAGAGAGAGAGAGAGAGAGAGGAGGGAGUGAGUUUUAGAGAGAGAUAUAGAUGGAAGAGGAGAUGGAGAUGGAUACGGAGAUGGAGAUAGAGCCAGUGUUCGAGGUUAGAGAGGUCGAUCUUGAAUACGAGUUUGAUGCGGCUCGGUUCUUUGACUUCACGCGCGAGGAGUCGCCAGCGGAGGCCAGAGAAGCUGAACUCUGGCUUGAGUCGGCGCCGAGUUAUCCUCCCUCUCCUUUUGUGGCGAAGUUAGUUUUAAGGGAAGAGAGUCUCCUGGAAAAUGUGAAUACGUCUCCAAAAUGUAAAGAAGUGGAAGAUACUAGUACAUUACUUGAAAAUGAUUCCGGUAAUGUUAUGGCGUUGGAAUUUUCAGCUAUGGGUCCUAAUAACAGAGGCAUUGAAGGAACUAACAGAGGGAUCUUCACCGAUAUACAGAAAGUUUUACAAAAAGCUUUGAAUCAACCAUUUCAAUUAACUGCAGGCUUUACAACUUACAAUUACACGUCCAGCGAUAAAUUAAAAGAUAAAUCUAAGAGCGUGAAAUCCGUAAUUCCACGGAGCUCAACUCUUAUGAAACCUACUGCCUGUCAGUUGGCAAAACAAAAUCGGCCCCCUCAAGUUGCUGCAUCUAGAUUUCAGAAGCAACAGCUGCUAAACAGUGACAGAAGCCUAGGUAAUUCUUCUGUGGUUGAAAGUCAAGCUGCCAAGAGGCAGAAGCUAGAGGGAGGUCUCUCGCGAAAGGUUGCUGAUGUGAAGCAGCAAACUAAUUUGAUUCAUAAGGCACCUAAAAAGGAGGGAACUGUAGAUAGAAACUCCAUCCAUACCAGGCUGAAGCUUACCAUUCCAAAGGAACCUGAGCUUGAAACAGCGCACAGGGCUCAAAGAAUACGGCCUAAGAAUGGUACAGAACAAGAGCAUGUUACAUCUGUCACACACAGAUUCAAAGCACGCCCAUUGAAUAGAAAAAUUCUUGAGGCCCCUUCAUUGCCCCUUCCAAAGAAGAGCAUUCCAAAGUUGCCACAGUUUCAAGAAUUUCGCCUGAAGACAUCGGAAAGGGCUGUGCAACUCUCAUCAGCUGUACCAUCCUCAUUCCAAAGCAAUGAUGCUGACAAGGGGUCUGAGAAACCUGGUACAAUUUUUGCUACUGGCAAUGGAACUAGAGAACCCAGAAGAGCAAGUGCCAUGGUUGCCACUGGGCAGGAUGUGUGUGACAUAAAGUACAACUUCAAAGCUCGUCCUUUGAAUAAGAAGAUAUUUUCCCAUAAGGGGGAUAUCGGUGUUUUCCGAAAUAUCAAGAGGGAAACCACAGUGCCAAUGGAGUUUAAUUUCCAUGCGGAGAAGAGGGUUCAGCAAACUCCACCUGUAGAACUUUUUAGUAAGCUGUCUCUGACAUCUGAACUACAACCAAGCAAUGGAUCUCAGAUCAAGUUGCCCCGUCCUACCUUUACAUCUACCAAGGGCUCAAAAGAAAAUAGAUGGACUUCUUUCCAACCAGAACAUGAGAUGAGGAAUUUGACAAAGGAGAAACCUCAUGUGUUUGGCGGAAAGAACAUUCAGUGUGGGAACGAUGGUUGCAUCACUGAAGUUGGUAAUCAAUUGAGCACGAGGAGCUUGGGCAUUCGCUGAAAGUAAAAGCAGCAGUCCCAGAUGGUUUACCUCAUGGACAUCCAACUCAAGAUUCUGCUGUUGUUCUGGAAUUUUGACAGAUCAACACUCAACAAUUGCACAAAUUUCAUCAACAAACGUAGGGUUUUGCUGUAUAUGGAAUCUGUGGAUAUCCACUUUACUAAGAAUCAAUCUUUACCUUCAAAGAAACUGACAUGUUAAAUGAACUUUCGUGCUCCCAUACUUUUGGGUCACAAGUCCAUAAUACAAUAAAAAUGUUACACA